GGGCGGCAUCCAUUCUCUGUGCACAGGCACGGCUUGUGGGUCGUUUAAACGCUCGGUACAAUGUUGUGUGAACAUGUUUCGACGCAAAGAACACCGCGUUAGACGCCUUGUCGUCCGCAGUGCGGCGCCAGUGUGUCGGUAGUUUGUACUCGGGUUAACGAGGAAUGCUAGCAAAGUUGACAGGAAGCCCCCCACCCCCUCAAAUGCCCAAAAGCAACAUGGCCGCCGAGGAAGUGCACACUCGCUGAGGCGGUAGGCGGGGCCAAAUGCCCACAAGCAACAUGGCCGCCGAGCAUGCGCACACUCGCUGAGGUGGAAGGCGGGAGGCGGGGCCAAAUGCCCACAAGCAACAUGGCCGCCGAGCGAGCCCACAUUCGCUGAGGGAGGAAUGCGGUAGGCGGGGCCGGCCAGGCUUGUGUCAAACUUUGGGAAUGACAGGAGUGCUGCAGGAGUCGCAAAGAAGGGAAAGUGUCGCCCUUGUUCCUGAUAUUUGGACUACUUGGACUUGUUUGAACGCACACCACUCUUGUUCCUCGACACGCUGGCAACAAAUACCUCAGCAAUGUCGGAGGACCUGACUUGCCAACCUUGGUCCAUCAAGAAAGAUGAUUAUGAGCUACAACAGGUGAUUGGGAGCGGGGCCACCGCUGUGGUUCAAGCCGCCUACUGUGUGCCACGCAAGGAGAAGGUGGCCAUCAAACGCAUCAACCUCGAGAAGUGCCAGACCAACAUGGACGAACUUUUGAAAGAAAUCCAGGCCAUGAGCCAGUGCCACCAUCCCAACAUCGUGUCCUACUACACCUCCUUUGUGGUGAAGGACGAGCUGUGGCUGGUCAUGAAGCUGCUGAGUGGAGGCUCGGUGCUGGACGUGAUCAAGCAUAUCAUCUCACGAGGCGAGCACAAGACGGGCGUCCUGGACCAGGCCAGCAUAGCCACCGUCUUGAAGGAUGUGCUGGAUGGCCUAGAGUACCUGCACAAGAACGGACAGAUACACAGAGAUCUGAAGGCUGGAAACAUCCUUCUUGGUGAUGAUGGAUCCGUGCAAAUCGCAGACUUUGGCGUCAGUGCCUUCCUAGCCACAGGUGGCGACAUGACUCGAAAUAAAGUGCGCAAGACGUUUGUGGGAACGCCGUGUUGGAUGGCGCCGGAGGUCAUGGAGCAGGUCAAAGGUUACGAUUUCAAAGCCGACAUUUGGAGCUUCGGGAUCACGGCCAUCGAGCUGGCCAUUGGGGCGGCGCCGUACCACAAGUACCCUCCAAUGAAGGUGUUGAUGCUGACGCUGCAGAACGACCCCCCCGGCCUGGAGACCGGCGUCACCGACAAGGAGAUGGUGAAGAAAUAUGGCAAGUCCUUCAGGAAGAUGAUCUCCAUGUGUCUGCAGAAGGAUCCGGAGAAGAGGCCGACGUCCUCCGAGUUGUUGAAGCAUAAGUUCUUCACGAAAGCAAAGACUCAUGACUACCUUCUGGAGAAGCUUCUCCAUCGGGCUCCCACGAUAACGGAGCGCUCCAAAAGGGUGCGGCGCGUGCCGGGCUCCAGCGGGCGUCUGCACAAGACGGAGGACGGCGAGUGGGAGUGGAGCGACGACGAGCUGGACGAGGAGAGCGAGGAAGGCAAAGCGGCGGUGGCCGCCCUGAGGUCUCCGAGGGUGAAGGAGGCCCCACAGAACUCAGAGUUUUUCCAGACCACGGACACUUUAAGCGUCCCGCUUCCUCCCGCUCCCGCUGUCGGCCGAGCAGAACUACCUCAGACUGCAGGAAGCACCUUCCCGCUGCAGCCCGCGCCCGUCGGCCAUCAGUGCUCGCCACACACGCCGUUGCACACGACAGACGGACCCACGACCACGACUGUCGCUCCUACACAGCUUCCUGUCUCCACCAGCAACCAGACGCUUCCCAUUAGUUUGGUUUUACGGUUAAGAAAUUUAAAGAAAGAACUCAACGACAUUCGCUUUGAGUUCAUGCCGGGCAGAGGUAAGCGGAAGGAAUGAUGUUUACAAUACUUCAAAGUGUGGCCCUAGGGCCAUUUGCGGCCCACUGCUUAUUUCUUAAUAGCCCACGGCACAUUCUGAAAAUACUGUUAAAAAAAAAAAAACAUUAAAAAGUGGAAUAAAAGAGCAAACAGGUGAAAUGUAACAAGAAAAAGUUGCAAUGUUGACUCUAAUAACACAAAAGUGACAUGUAGGCUGUUUUUUUAUACUGUCAUUGUUCAAAAAAUUAUAAUAAAUCAAAAUCAAUGUUGUGAAUUAUUGACAUAUUCUAGGCUCCAAUUACCACUUUUAAAUAUUUUGGGGGAACAAAUUGCAUAGUUUGUGUUUGCCAUGAAAAAAGUUUUCUUAAUAAUAAAAAAAAAAGGGCCAAAAAAAUAAAACACAAAAAUAAAAAAAAUCAUGUAAAAAUAAUAAAAAGGUAUAAUCGACAGAUAGAUCUGAAGUUGAUCUGCAGAUUUAAGCAUUGAGAGUGAAAAAAAUAAAUAAUGUAUGGCUUAUUUUUAACGCUUUUA